GUGCAACUACACAUGUUUUUUGCUUCCACACUUACCACACUGUUCACUGUUUUUUUCUUCUUCAGCACAAUAAUACUGCCAUUUAAAUCUGUGUAAUCUGAUCACUUCUCCAUUGCUCUUUCUUGUCAUCUGCAAAUAUAUGUUUGUACAUUAAUUCAUUUUGUGAAGCCAACAUUAUCAACCACUUUUUUCCUGUCCUGUACCUGGAAGAACUAGUAGACAUGUAUGCCACCUCUCUGUAGUUAAAUGUAUUACCCUUACGUUUAUGACACCAAACUUUAAAUUAGAUGUUGGCUGUUGAGCAGCAGCAAAAACAACACAACUGGACAGACUGCAACACAGAUUAAUAAUGCGAUGCACUGGGCUCAUUAAUGGAACUCCCACUAACACGGCUCCAUGUGAAACAGAAGACAAACAACCAGAGUUCAGGAGAGGUCGGACCUGAUAAAGUAACUGUGUGCUGAGAUUCGGCAACGCUCCAAUCCCACUGUUUAUAUGUGUCUGACCCUCUCUCCAUCAAAUACCCAAACAUUAUUAACCUCUCUGCAUCAAACAUUGUCUUCUUUGCAAUUAGUGUGUAGUGGUCAUGACUUUCUUGUUCAUUUUAAAGUUCAUUCAUUGGGAAGCGUCGUCAAACAUGAGGGCAAACCUGACAACACACCCAUGCAGUACACAUACAAUAGUUACUUGUAUAAAAGACAAUAAAUGUGCAUCACUUCCCAUUGAAUGGUAUGCUGUUUGUUCAGUGAUUUGUGCUGUUCUUCCUCUUAUUUCUUCUUGAAAGAAUAAUUCCAGAUGAGAGACUAGUUGCUGUGCAGCCGAUGCAAGGGGUUUUUUUUCUUCAAAAUUUGUUAAAUUGUGUCCAUGCACAUGCUCUUAACAAACGGUUGGCUACCUGCUCAGUGAAGUAUAACGUUUCAGAAACUUUGACUGAAACGGUUUCGUCAGUUGUCAACUUCCUCUUCCUUUGCUGGUGAUGUCAGUGACAAGUUUUCAACUCUUCGUGUCCUCGUGUCCUCCCGACUGAUUGUGUGACACUUUUUGCUCAGCUACCCUUUUCGCUUUCAAGAUCACGCACACGGUUUUCACAGGAAGGAUUCGAAGGCGUUGAACAGACAUGACGACGUUGACACCAUGCAUGGAUGGAUCCAGAAACUCUGGAAAUCGAGAAUAUCUUCAUCAGCACCACGGGAACAAGAGGCAAAGGUCACGGAAUUGAUAUCAAAUUCAGCAUCUUCCUCGUCACCAUCCCUGAGCACGAGUCCCGCCAAGCCGCCUCAGCCUGGUCUCAGCUCGCUGCCGCGAUGGAGGCGAAAGUACGACGUGUUGGUGUGCCACAGCGCCGAGCACCGUGACGUUAACGAGGCUUCGCGCCUGGUCUCUUUCCUGGAGGCGUCGCCCCGGAGCCUGAGGUGCUUCCUGAUGCAGCGGGACGCCUGCCCAGGGGGCGCCAUUUCUACAGAGCUGUGCCAGGCUGUGCAGGACAGCCACCUGAGGGCCCUGCUCAUCACUCCGGACUUCCUGCGGGACGAUUGGUGCCAGUACAUGAUGCACCAGGUUCUGUCAGAGGGGCCCAUGUCCAAUCGGAUCAUCCCCCUGGUUCAGGACCUGUCCCACUCUGAAUACCCUCCGGAGCUCCGCUUCUACUACUACAUUAACUUGGGGGGUGACCGUGCCAGCGGUUAUGCUCGCGUCACAAUGGCUGUGCUCAAGUAUUUCGAAGACCUGGAUAAAAACGAGAAAACACUUGAGGAACAACACGGACAACCGUAGGAUGGGCCGAGUGGAGAAGCCCAGCUCACAGACACUCACGCCGCGCGCUGUCAAAGCACGACCCCACGAACACUCCCAUCCCACUGGAAAGCAAUGGGGAAGAGACAAAAGCCUUAAUGGUGUCCAUCAUCAUCAUCAUCAUCAUCAUCAUCAUAAUCAUCUGUGGUAAAAGACGAGAUGUUCUCUGUUGAAAGUGAAUGUUACGCUGCUGCUUUCCUCCUCUGCAUGGUGUGUGUGUGUGUGUGUGUGUGUGUGUGUGUGUGCGCGGUACGCACGUUCAUAUACAGGCAACAGAAAACGUCGUGCAUCAGCUCCGGAGGGGCACGGCGUCGAUGGGAAGACGGCGUGAGAAUUUCUCUUAAUGUGCUCAGCUCGUUACACAUGAUUCACGGCAAUUUACUAAGCAGGUGACCGGUAUACACAGGUUUACAACACAGGGCUGUAAAACCCCUUAAAUUAUCGUGAACUUCUCAUAGCAAAAAGAAAACGGGAAUGUUUGCUGUUAAAGGAUGGAUGAUCCUGUGAUGUAGAUCUAGUUCACUGCUAGGUGGUUCAUUCUCCCAUUCUAUCCAAUCCGCAGUGCAAAAGUGAAGGAAAAAACGGUCUGAGGUCUCGCUGGUCUUUGCAGGCGCUUACCUAAAACAGGCGAUAAAUAAAAGAGUUGUCUCUUUCCCAUUGUGAAAGAAGAGGGCGUAGAAGUGAGGGACACACCUGUAAUUAACUUGCUUUUUAGAGGGGAAGUGUGAGAGAAGUAUCGAGAGAAGUUACACCUUAAUGUUCCCUUUUACGGUGAAUCGUGGUUUGAAUAUAGUCACAAUACGCUCGACUGACUGGUUCUUGCUCAGCAAGGAAACAAAGUCUGAAGAAGAGGCAACCGGAGCCUUGAUAAGCGUACCUUGAUAACUCAUUUCUAUCAAGGCCAGGCCUUUUUCUGUUUUCUUUUUUUUGCAGGAGGCACCGCUUUUCUGUAUCAUCCUCCAACUUCCAAACCUCCCAAACAUUUAGGGUCACAAAAAAUCUCUAAUCAGCCCUUGUUGCAUGAAAAUUGUAGUUUUAUAUUUGAAAGACACGCAAAUGAUGUUCCCAGAGGCUUUUCCUCUUUGUUGUCGUGGGUUGUGGUCAUAACAACGUCCUCUCCGUAAGACGCACGAUGAAGGCAAGUUGGAAAAGUGAAGCCCUGCGGCUGAAGAAUUGCUGGGAAGUGGAUUACAAAUAUAGAGUGACUCAUCCGUUGUUGGGCUCGUGCUAAAUGACAAAUUGCGAUUUUCACCUCGCACUUAUUGUGAAUAACCGGGUUGCAAUCAGGAGGGACUCGUUCCGGGUUGACAAUACAUUCAUUACAUCUGUGUAAUAUUGAAAUAGUGCAAAAUCUUGGCCGAUUGUGUUUCUUGGUAAUGCCACCCUUGUUUGAUUUGGUGGGUCUUCAUGCAAAAGCCAUUGUAAAGGAGGUCCUUAUGAACAUGAAUGGCUCUAUAAACGAGGCCCAUUUUUUAUUGUCUGCUUGUUUUUCGAUGAACCAGAAUUCUUUACAAUCCCUCUGGCAGGUAGUCAGCUGUCUCGCUUUCAUUCCAGAUGCAUCGGCAUGUAAAAAUCCCACGGGAAUUUAACCCUGACGCUGUGGUCUGAAGCCUGGCCGAAAGGCCCGCGUCCGUGUGUUGGGACAAGUCAAGGUUUCUCUUUGACUAAAAAGGUCUUACAUAUUUGUAAAUCGGAUAACAACUAAAACCUCAUUGGAUAACACUUCGUAACAUAACGUUUUUGAACGCGAAGACUGACAGUAAAGCUGCAGGAGCCGGCUGUGUGCAGCGAGCAUCAGCACUUUCAGCACGAAGCAGGAAGUGACAGGGAGGAGAGGGACGAUUCGAGCACUCAGCUGUUGGUCUCCACGGUGGUCCCCAUCGGGCGUGGCGGUGCCGACUUGGACAUUUCCCUCCGUGGUGAGUGCGUUCAGCCACAUUAAAACCCUGGCUGGGUUAAUUAGAGGGGAGCAGUAGAUCCCGGAGGUCUGUUUCUCGUGUACGGCGCAGAGAGACACGGAGAAACGGCACGCCGCCACACGCACACCAUGGUUUCACCCACCACGUUGAACAAUGUUUUCCACCACUGCGGCACCAUUUGUCCUCGUUUAACACCUCGUUUAGCCUUCUACUGUCUUUAGGAUGUUUUUGUUUUAACUUAUUUUAUAGUUAGUUUGAUCUGAAACACACUGAACGGAGAUGUUUACAUGACCGGAUGGCAGAUUAUGUGAGGAUGCUGGGAUAUGGUGAAAGCUCUGGCACAGCCUUCCCAUAGUUAGCUGAAGAUGGUUAUGCUCACUUUUCCUGUUGGUAUUAGCGGCGCGUCAUCCACAAAGACAUCCGCAUCCUGGAGGAAUCACAUCUGCCUCUGCGUUCUGAUUGAUGCGCCGCUGUGGUCACACAUCCCCAACCAGCUGCACUUACAGUCCUGAAGCUGUCAACCCCUCAUUAGACUCACCUUUCUCGUUUCAGGGGUACAGUGUAGAUAACAACAAAUGGUUUAAAUACACGCAGACGGCCACCUGCUGGUAGAAACGUUAAACACUCUUUAUUGCGUAUCCAUUAAAACUCCUCGUAUUUAUUGAAUUUUAUUAUUUUUUUUAGUCACCUUAGUCACGGUGGAUAUGCAACUUAUACAUCUAAAUUUGCAGAUAGACUCAAAUACAUAUCUUUACUCCAGCGGAAAAGCUGUUUUGUGGCUUGAAAUUGGUUUACUUACGAGUUGUCUUCCCAAAAGUAAUGGAAUAUAUUAAAUGUAUAAUACAUUUCUAAAAACACAUUUUGUAAUUGCAUUUAUUUGAGUUGAAGUGUUUCCUGUAACUGUAAUUUCACCAAAUGUUAAAUAAAAUUGGGGAAAUAA